UCACUGCACCCCAGCCAGGGGGUGUCCCUGGGCGACACUGUCACCCUGCGGUGCCACCUGCCCCAGCUGGCUGCCUGGGUCCGGCUGUACAAGGAAGGACGUUGGAUACACAGCAAUUACAAGUACAAGGAGCAGGACACUGCAGAGUUCUCCUUCUUGAGCACGUAUCGGGAGCACGCAGGUACAUAUUGGUGUCAGUACCGGCUGCCUUGGUCAGCAGUGGAAUCAGAGAAGAGUGAUCCUGUGGAGCUGGUGCUGACAGAUCGCACAUUCCCCCCACCCAGCAUUUCCCUGAGCCCUGAGGAAUGUGUGGAGAUGGGGACCAAUGUCACCAUCCAGUGCUGGAACAAGGACUAUGGGGCCGCCUUCCUCCUGCACAAGGAUGGGUGCUCAGCCCCCAUCCAACACCAGGACCUCGAUGUGGUGGGCACAGCCACCUUCACCAUCUUUGGGGUGACCCCAGCUGACAGCGGCACCUAUAGGUGCUCCUACCGCCCCUGGGCUUACCCCUUUCUGUCCUCACCCCUUGGGAGUAAUGUGACUCUGGAGGUGACACCCACACCUGCACACCCGGGUGCUGCAGACAGUUCCCAUGGGAUGCUGGUGGUGGCAGUGGCUGGGGGCUGCACUGCUGCCUUUAUCUUCAUCCUCGUCCUUGUUGUCUUCUUCCUCCUCGGUGCCUGCAGACGUCGGAUACAGAGAGAUGAGUGCCCUGGCACCCCUGCAGAAAGGCCUGAGGACAUGGAAUUCCAGGUAAGUGUCCUGGUCAAGGAACCCCAAACCCCAGCCUGACCCUUGGAACAACUCCUCAUCCCAUUUACAGUCCCAAACCCUGUCCAUGCGGAUCCCAGGGGAUCCACAGCCUCAUAUGGUUUGCCUUAAUGUUAAGCACAGCCCCCAAACCCAGAC